AUGCAAAACGGAUGGCAACACGGCAAGUACGAAGACAGUGACGACGAAGCAGAGACACUGAGUAACAACGAAAUAAGCAUACGAAAAAAUACGAAUAGAACCUUACGAGGCAAGGGCAAGUCGUUUGCGACCCUUGCAGAAACAGCUGGUACGGAAACCGGCGCGGGCACAGUAGAAGCAAUUGUAGACCCAGACGCAGAUGUCGAUGCAGGUGUAGAAUCAGUUACUGAUGUAGGUGCAGAUUCUGGCGCAGAGGUCUUUGCAGUGGAAUCGGAUGCAAACUCUGGUGCGGAUGGAGCUGCUACUGCCGUAGGGUGGGAGUUGGAUGUCGCGGCCACGGCAUCGGAAGCAGAUACUGGUGUCGCUUCAGACGCAACAUCAGACGUGUCAGGGCACUCUGGCUUCAGAUCUGAGACAAUGGCCAUGAACGUGGCCCACAUCGUGAGUUCAUGGCUGAACUCCUGGGCUUCCACCACGAGAUCGGGUUCCUUGAAAAACUCGGCAACCUCGUCAUUUCGUGGAACUACUUCCACUUCCGUAGCACGACGGGAAGCACUCGUACCACUGUCUGGUGCUUCAAUGUCAGAGCAAGACAGUGUGGGGGACGGCGGUGAGGGAGGUACGACAGGAUUAACGGUUGUAUCCAGCGAUUCAACGGAAGGGACACAGCCAGUAGCUCCAAUGCCAGAGCAAGACAGUGUGGGGGACGGCGGUGAGGGAGGUACGACAGGAUUAACGGUUGUAUCCAGCGAUUCAACGAAAGGGACACAGCCAGUAGCUUCGUCUUUUUGGUUGUCGGUGUGUAAUACUGAGGUCGAGUCGUUUACGGGUGGGCUCGGAUCCUUGGAGGGGGGCUGGGGCUGGGUAUCAUCCUGA